GUUUAUUCCCAGUGUUUCUCUGAUUCUUGAUUUUUCUGGUACUUUCGAUUUUUCCAUCAUGCUGAUUUGGCAGUUUUGUUUUUGUAAGAAGAUACUUUUUUGAGACACUUAUAUAGAGCUGAAUGCACGUGACGUUACAGUUUUCACGACGCCAUAUUGCCGGUCAAACCUAACUGCUUGGCAGUGUGAGAGUCGUUGAACUGAAGCAGGUUUUUCAAAUUGUCUGAGACCUGUUGUGCUGUUGGUUGUCACAGUAGUUGAGACAGUUCUUCAAAGAUAUAAUUCUAGAAUACCUGCUGAAAAGACCAGAAAAGAUCGAUGGAUUUUGGCAAUUAACUGUGAUGGAUGGUGCCCAAAUACUCACACGCCUGUGUAGCAAUCGCUUCAUUUCAGUCACAGGGAGCUGGUGGCUGUCCCGGCUGAUUUUGAGCGGACUACAACCUGGACUCGUUGCCAAUCCGUCAAAGGGCUCACAGACUGAAGAGUCAGACUACCUUUCAAACUCCCUUUCACACCAUUACCAACGGGGAAUACAACCGACGUCAGGCCCAGCGAGGCUCUGCUCGGACCAGGACACAAGGAUGGACGAGCUGUGGACUCUUUGCAGCGAGGCGGAAAAUGGAUGAGCAAGACAAAAAAGCAGCGCCAAAAAGAUCAUUUUCAUUCUUGUGCCACGGAGAAGCAGCAGCUGGUGCUCACCGGACAAAGUGCAGCUCUGGCCCCCUCCCUUACUGCACUGUUGUUCCUCUUCCGGAUUGGCUCAAGGUUCGCGUCAGUCACGGGCGUGUGGGCGGGACUUGGUCGCCUAAAUCUUGCUCUAAGUGAGCUGGGCGCCGAGGCACCACAUCUUCAGUUUACCGAAGGACGGCAGUCGUCGGUCGCAAAAGGCUCAGUGUGUCCACAACUGAAUCUCACUGCUGAAAGACAGCUUGUGUGAACAAACCAGAACAACAGCAAAACACCUUUGUUUUUUUUUUUUUCUCUCUCUCUGUGUGUGUGUGUGAGUGUCCAUUUGAAACCUGACUCGACUUCACCUUUCAACAUACGGACUCGGUCAAAAGUGUACCUGGAACGGAGCAGGUCCGGUUUGGGGAGCUAAGAGGCGGACAAACUAGCGGCGUGCGCGGGGAGAAAGACAACACAAAGACAGGAUGAAUCUCAACAGGCAUGCCGUCUUCACUCUCUGCACUGUAUAUGGCAUUCUUCUUAAAGUGAUGGCUUCCAAAGGCAAAGUCAGAGGCGUCAGCGGUCAGCAUCCUCUGGUUCAGAAUGUCACCGUGACAGAAGGCGGGACGGCCAACAUGACAUGUCGUGUGGAGUACAACGACAACACCUCCCUCCAGUGGUCGAACCCAGCACAGCAAACUCUCUACUUUGGCGACAAGAAAGCUUUGAGGGACCACCGAAUCGGGCUGAUCCGUGCAUCGUGGUCAGAAUUGACCAUCAGCAUCCAUGAUGUCACGCUCUCAGAUGAGGGCAUGUACACCUGCUCUCUCUUCACCAUGCCCAUCAAAAUAGCCAAAGCCUACCUGACAGUCCUCGGUGUGCCAGAGAAGCCCAAGAUCGAGGGCCUGAUGAAGCCCGCUUUGGAGGGCGACCACAUCACUCUGACCUGCAUGACUCAUGGCAGUAAGCCUGCUGCCGACUUGCGCUGGUUCAGAAAUGAGAAGGAGGUCAAAGGUGCCAAGGAGGUGAACGCCAGCGGGAAGACUUUCACAGUGCGCAGCUCACUGCAGCUGGACGUGGACAGACGUGAUGACGGAGUGGCGUACACUUGCAGAGUGGACCACGAGGCGCUCGCGCAGACGCCACAGCAGACCACCGAAGUGCUGGAGGUCCACUAUGCUCCCCGGGUGCAGAUCGUCCACUCUCUUGCGGUCCCUCAGGAGGGUCAAUAUCUAAAGCUGGACUGUUUGUCCCAAGGGAACCCUUCGCCAGAUCCUGUGAUGUGGACAAAAGAUGGCGUGGAACUUUCGGACCUGGGCAGGGUAAUUGUUGAGGGUCGCGAGCUCAUAUUUACGUCGCUGAACAAGACGGACAACGGCACCUACCGCUGUGAGGCCAGCAACCAUCUUGGGACCAGCAGCGCUGAAUAUGUACUCUACGUGUAUGAAGAACCCACCACCCUGCCUCCAUCCACCACACCCCCCUUCCACCCCAUCCCCCCAGACUCCACUGCUCUAGUAGGCACCCACGCUUCAGACCCGACAGUCACUGGAAGCAGAGAUCCCAAUGCUCUUGGCCAUCACGGCACAGACCACGCUUUGAUCGGAGGAGUGGUGGCUGUGGUGGUCUUUGUCACCUUGUGUUUAAUCAUUGUUUUGGGAAGAUACCUGGCCAGGCAUAAAGGAACAUAUUUGACAAAUGAGGCCAAGGGAGCGGAUGACGCGCCCGACGCCGACACGGCCAUCAUCAACGCCGAGGGCAACCACGCACACGCUGAAGAAAAAAAGGAGUACUUCAUCUAGACUGUAGAGGGCGCACCCUUUGCCAUCUGUCCCUCAGUGUCUUUUGUUUUUUUUUCUGGCUGUCACCACCCCGCGACCAUUUGCGACAGAGGCAGCGCUCAGUCGGAAAGGAUCCCACGUUGUUUGCCCUCUUUCUGGCUUCAUCUUCAUCUUUGUCUUAAUCGUUCGGCGGCCGUUUUUCGCAGGCAUCGCUGCCAAAGUUCACUCUUGUAUUUUUUGCCCUCGACAUUGAAAAUCUGUAAAUCUACCAUGACUGCUACGUUCUUACACGCCCGAGUCAGACGCCUGAACACACCACCGUGAUCCCUGCCACUCCCUGAUUCUGAUGCACACCCUCCAACUCCUCACAUACACACAAUCUUACAAACACACGCUCACACACAUCAACACGGUGCCUAAAAAUACAGUUGCCAUUGAACUCGUGUCAAUGCCUUCAUGUAUCAGUCAGUAGCAAUGUAAAUGCUUUUGUAGAUGGUCACUCGGACGGACUAUCAUCCCAUUGCUUUGCUCACUGCAUUGUGUUUUGGAUUUUUUUUUUCUUUUUUGAAUUUCAAUGACGAUCUGUGCUGUUUUGCGCCUUAUACAUAUCUACCACACUCAAUAUGGUACUUUGUAGACGGUCCCUACUUCCUAAAAUAGACUUGCAAUUAAAAUGUCGAGCCAUGUAAGAUAAGACGAAGGCUUUGUGUGACACUCGUGUAGCAAGGUUCCUCGGAUACGUGUAUAGUUAGUCGAGUGGGGGUGUAGUGUGCUAUUGUUUAGACAUGAGAAUACACACCAAAAAAAACAUAAUUAGCAAACACUGCUAGAUGAGACAUUUCAUUUACCGAAAAGAAUAAGGCAGGGUUUUCUAAAUCUGCUAUACUGAUCUACUUUUUGUGUAUAUUCCUGUACUCAUUGGCCUUUUUUUUUCCACAUGAUGGCUUCAGGUCGACUAGCUGUAUAAAUUGUAUUUAAGUUAGUAAAAUCUUUUAUGUCAUAAUGCGAAGAGAAAAAAGAAGAUCCAGAGAAAUGUAAAAUUAAGAAAUGGGUCAAAAAGAGUGCAUUAGUUACAUUAUGUACAGGGAUUUUGUGAUAAAUGCAGUUCAUUUCUGUAAAUUCUGUUUUGAUGUGCACUUCAACUAGCAGGUGUAUUGUGAAGAUUUUUGUUUUUAUGGAGAAUACAAAUGAACAUUUAACAGGGAAAGGUACAAAAAGUUAACCAAACGUUCAAAAUUGAGUAUUUUACAUUAACACGUGCCGAUGUACAAGUAUGAAGUACACAAGAUGCAGCUCAGAAGGUGCAGGAACACUUGUAUCAAUGUGAAAUAUUUACAUUUGAAUCCCCCGCAGAGAGGCACUCCCAAAAAUGUCCCCCCUCCAAAAUAUAUAUAUAUAUAUGUAUCAUAACUAAUAACUUGUUUUUUUGUGAGAACAGGCUCACAUAUAAUAUCUUGCAGUUAGCAAAGAACUCGCUUGAACGUGACAUGACGCUCACUCAAUGGGCGUCCAGUAUUUCCCAAAUCAUCAAACAUUGGGACACAUAAAAAAAAAAGCACAAGAUGGAGUUGUGUUCCAUCGCAAACAACUCAUCUGCCUUGGGGGUGGUUCUUUUAUUCAAAUCGACAGUGGAAAGAGGACAAAUCUUUGUUCCCAAACUGUGAAAACAGAUGGGAAAAAAAAUGUUAUUUUUCUUUGAAUGGUUCUAAGCUCCCUGCUGUGUAAUGUCUGCUAAAAUGUGUUUGAUUGUGAAAAUUGCUAUUGAAUUCCAGCUCUCCUGUAAUCUUUUUGUAUAUUAGCAACUUUAUCAAUUGUUUUGUUCAUUUGUUUUGUUGGCGGGGAGGGCGCUGGGGUGGGCAUUUAUCAAUCAUUGCAUAUAAUUUUGGCCAAUUUUGUUUUGGGAUCAAGGCAUGUAAAUAAUGUCUGGGAAACUAAAGUUGGUCAAAACACAUUGGCCUCUUUUUCAUGAGUUAUUUAAGAGAACAGGGAAAACGUUUCAAAAUGUAACUUGAUAGUGGAAAAUAGGUGUUUGUGGUUUUGUAUUAAGGAUGGGUGGAUGUGGUAAUUGACGACACAAUUAAUGGAUUUUUCUUUUUUUAAACAUCUCUGAAUGUUUUCAAGUCCUGUUUUGACGCCAGUGGCGUAUUUCGCAGCGUAAGGAUGUAGCCCGACUUCUCAUAGCUGACGUAAUGUUUGUGUUUAUUUGAGCACCCUUCAUUGAGCCACGGCACGCAUUCGACGUAAAAAAUUUGUCACGUCACACUGCCAAACAAAUGUUACAAAAAGUCAAAAUACUGCAGUAAUGACAAUCUCGUCUUAAUUUACUCACAAAUGUAGUCAGUCAUUAGUUGAACAAAAACCGAUUCUAGAGUUGUAUAAACGGUGACAGGUUUAUUCUCUUCUGCCCUCUACUGGAAGAGGGUUUAACUGUUCUGGUUGUCUAUAUGUCGCUGGGAUAGCUAGAUGAACAAAAAUACAUUUUUAGGAACUUAAUAACCAUUUUCAGACUAAUUAAGUGAAAUUGAAAUGACACCAAAGCAACAGCCACUCUUGCGGGCAAGUAGUGUCCCUUAUUUGACCGCCAUCAAAUUGACACAAUUAAUCAAAAUUGAAUUCCGCACAUUCGACACAACAAAGCGAUCGAUUGUUAUUCCCAUAUAUUGAUAUUGAAGCCAUUAACAUAAUUACGUCAUUGAUUGAGAUGGCAAAAACUGACAUUGAUAAUGCAGCAAGUCAGUGGCUGACUGAGUCGUGUCGCCUAUUGUGCGAAAGACUUUGUGCAAGCAGUAUAUUAAUCGAGCAAGAUGGAGGCAAUUGUUACCAAGGGCAAUGGAACAGUUAGCCCAGCUGUCUCCAAUUUGGUGACCAAUUUCCAGCAUUAUGCAAAUACGGUCAGUAAGUAAUAUCUUUGUCACCGAGUGAACUCAAACACUGUCGCGCCGUCUUCUCGAGUGGAACAUAACAACACUCCGAUUCUCUGCGUAACGCAGGAAGCCGUGUGUUAGAUUCAUCAAGAAAGGCGACGUUGGGUUCAAGGAAAGCUCCUUUGUUCUGGUGCAGUUGUUUGUCGGAUUUAAAGCAGCAAAGAAAACCGUGGAGGAAAACAAAGCAUUUCAUACACUUGCAAACAUCUUUAAGCAUUGCUGUAUUUGUUUUUUAAAUGCUGGAUUGUGGAGUAGGCGCCACGGUGGAGCAGCUGGAAACCAUUGGCCAGACAUUUCUGAGGAUCCAGGUUCAAUCCCGGACCUCCCUGUGUGGAGUUUGCAUGUUCUCUGGGUUUUCUCCGGGCAUUCCGUUUUCCUCCCACAUCCCAAAAACAUGCAACAUUAAUUGCACACUCUAAAUUGCCCAUAGGUAUGAUUGUGAGUGCGGCUUUUUGUCUCCAUGUGCCCUGCGAUUGGCUGGCAACCAGUUCAGGGUGUACCCCGCCUCCUGCCCGUUGACAGCUGGGAUAGGCACCAGCACUCCUGUGACCCUUGUGAGGAUAAGCGGCUAAGAAAAUGGAUGGAUGGAUUGUGGAGUACAGGAACCAUCUCAUAGGAAAUCACAAUAAGCCCCCCCCCCCCCCAAAACCUUUUUGUGUGUGAUUAGAGGCAACAACCAAAUAUUUUUUCCUGAACAUUGUGGCCGAUUUCAAAAUGUGCCAUAUCAGUUGUACAGGUUCCAGGCUACGUGAUUUACUGUUAAAACAUUCAGCAGUCCUACAUUGCCAUACGUUUUUACAAGCGAGAAGUGCACACAACUCUUUUAAAAAAAAAAAAAGUCCAGAAUGGUCCUCCAAUAUUUGAAAUGAUUUAAGUAAGUGAUGUGAGGUUGCCUUGGCAACGUUAGGCUCCUUAUUACCAUUCAGUGCAUCAUGAUUUUUAAAGAUCUUUUCCAGAGCAAUGACAACAUAGCGUGAACUGGCAAAGAAAAAAGGCACAGUUGCGGGUCAAAGAGCCACAAUUCUCACUUCUUCACUGCCUUCACCACUUCCAACGUGUGUGUGCAUCCAUUUGUUGCGUGCAAUGUUUUGGAGAUGGGACGGGAUGAAGUGAAUCACAACUUUGGAAAUGUUCAAUAACGCCGCUUUUGUCUUUGCCCGGUACCGCUGAGGCUUUUUGAUUUAAAAGUGCAAAAUGCUGUUUACAGGCUGUCCACAACGCGUCCCCACUUCAUUGGUGCUGCUCUUUAAACUAUCUCGUGUGAGUGUGUGUGUGUCUUUUUUAUCACAAACACAUUGUCUUUUAUACAUUUGUUUUUUUUUAACAAAAUGUAAAUGUAAUUAAAACCUAGCCUUAGCCUAAUAUCAUAGUUGCCUAAGUUAUUCUCAAAGCGUGGAACUAUUACCACUAGUGGUACGUGAAACAAUCAAAUAAAUGUUCAAAUUGUGAAUAAUGUUAAGGUGGCUUAAACGUUUUUGUUUUUUUUAAUCUAGUGCAGUACAUCGGUUGAGAUCAGCUCAGUUGUAUUUAACUCAUUCAAGAAGUCGAUUUUUUUCAUUAUCUAUUUUUAAGUGCAGUGUUCAUGUGUUCAUGUUCAACUGCCUAAUGCUUGCAAAAAUAUAUACUAAAAAAAUAAACUCUAACGUUUUGGAGAAUUAAACCUCUAAUUUUUGAGGAAUUAUUUUAAUGUUUGUCAUAAUUUUUUUUUUUUUUAGGUGCUACGUGGUUUUAAAAAGUUAGAGAACCACUGUCAUAAAUCAUUCGGAACUUCAUGGAGCAAAGAUUCUUGCUAAAAUGUAUUUCUCUUUAUUUGUCCAGAUUUUCAUCCAGGCCACAAAGGUUGAAUUGAGCCAACCGGACUCUUCUUAUUUAUUGAAUUUGUUUUUUUCUUUUGCUAAAAUAUUCCAAAAUGGCGUAGGCAAAUAUGCUCUUAGGCUAAGGACAGGUCAGUGUCCCUAAAGCAUUUUUUAUGUUUUUAGUCUUCUGUCACAUCUAAAUAAUCCUUUCUGACAUGACGAUGGUGAGCUGCCUUUUUUUUUUAUACACACUCCUAAAUGGUCCUUUCAACAGGCUGACUCACUCUCAGUGAUGAGGUCACUUUUCUGAACUGCUUUUUUUUUUUCUAAACCUCUGAACCCCUCGCUAUCUGAUGUCACAUUUCCAUGAGUCAUCACUGGCCUUUUAUUUAUUCGGGCAGGAAAAUUCAUAUUUGGUUAUUUGGUAUUAUUAAAUUUAGCAAUCAAGUAGUCGUUCAUGAUCAAACUUUUUUUUGUUUAAAUACUGUUGUUAUUGUAUGUAAUAACUCUGGCACAUAAACGUACAUAUACCUCUGAAAUAGUUUGCCCAGUUUGCUCCACUCUGCAUCAUACAGCCGUCUCAUGCAGUAUGUGGUUUCUCUUUCGAAUUCUAUUUUUUAUUGUGUCCUUACCUUUCAGUGUUUUAGUGACUUUAAUUUCAUGUUCGUAGAAAAUCGUGACCAUCCAAUCACAACAAAUGGAGCGUUUGUUUUGUAUCUCAGUAAUAUGUUAGUGGACCCGCUUGUUGUGCAAGGGAUUUUUCGCUUCAUUCUUUCUUCUCACUGCAAUGUUACAUCACCCAAAAGAGGACGUGAACAGGAAACAAAUCUCAACUUUCUUCACUAUGUUGUUUAAAUGGAGCUGUUGCAAAGUGCACAUCUUUACGUCAUUAAGUGUGUAGUUGUGCUGCACUGUCACUCACUACGCUGCGAACACUAAAGGGCAGAAUUCCCGGCAGAGAUGUUUGUGCAGCUUCUUGGUGAAAUCUUGAGUUUUACAAUGAUUAAUAUUCUAUUGGGUAGUCAUGAUGGUGUCCAGAGCACCGUGACCCAGGUGUGUUUUCUCCCAUCGUCUGUGGGAUUGGUUUAAUUUAGAGGUUCAUUCUCAUGUAUGAAAUUGAAUUAUUGAAUAA